AUGAAUUCGCAAGUGAUUCCAGUGGUUACUUUAAACAUGAAAAAGUUGAAAUCGGUUUAUUUAUCGGUCGAUAUGGAAUAUGAUAAUCGGAAAAAUGCAGCGCUCGCAAUUCUAAGCAAGCUUUCUCGAGAUCUUCUGGAGACUUGCAAAGCGUUCGGAGGUUGCUUGGCGAUUCCACAACGCGAUUUGUGCACAAUUUUGCUGACUAUUGACCCGGAAAACCUCAAAAAUGAAGUUCUCGUUGAUUUUUUGGAGAAACAAAUGAUAAAGAUAAAAAUGGAGUGCGACUGUGACACCUUGUCAAUUGAGUCUUCUUUACCGUUUGGGGUUUUCUAUUUCAUGGAGAAAGUUGGAUGGUUUCGAAUUGGCGAGUGCUUCGUACAAGGUGAUUUCCUGUCGUGGAACCACACGAAUCUUCCCAGAAUUCGUAAUUUUGUUGUCCAAAAAACGUUGUCAAAUUUUUCAAAAUUUUUAGAAAUCAUGACUCAUUGUUCUGAAAGAGGAAACGUCUACAUUAAGCUCACUGCAGAAUUUGUUAGAAUUCACCCAUUUAAGCAUUAUAUUCUGGAUAGUGAUGAGAGAUUUACCGAGUUGCACUCAGGACCAAUCAGCCGAAAAAUCCGAAGACCCCGAUGGAUUUCGUGUUUGCCGAAGCUGGGAAAAGGACAAAUUGUGAAGAUUCAUCGGAAAAUUCCAGAAGAUGCUCCGUUUGAAAAUUACACUCAAAUGAUGUCAUAUUGGAAGAAAACCUACGGCUACAACCUUCCAAAUUCUGAGCCAGAAGUCUACGACGAUAUCCAAUUUCAUAAUGGGCAGUCCAUGUUGUAUCCGUGGUACUGUAUUCUGACGGGCACUCCGGAAGUUCUGCCGAUUCGUGCUAAUUCCAAUGUUACUAAAAAUGCGUUGGCAACGUUUUUGAAAGCACUCAAAGAGGCAGGAAUUGAGAUUUGUGGACAUAAAAUAGGCUCUGAAAGCCAAGACUGUUUAGCAGUCAAAUCCUACAUGGAUGUAAUGUCGAUGCAACCGAAUUCCAAUCUUCCGAAAAUUCAAAAAGUGUCACGAAGCCAACCGUCGACGUCUUCUAAUCUUGCGCCAGUCCGAAAAAUCUAUCCGAAAAUUCCAAUGAAGCGAACCGCUUCAUCUGACGCCUCGACGUCGUCUCCGAAUCCUCAAAAACGAAAAAGACCCGGAUUCACAUUUUCUGUUGAUUAA